AUGCGGAUUCUCCCGUUUUUAGAGGAGCACUUCGUGCUUCUACGUGUCCUUACUCUUUCCUGCAACCUUCGCUAUGCCGAUGACAAGAAAGUUGAGUACUUCGCGGGGCUUAAAGUGACAAUUGAUUGCAAGCCCGAAAAUGGAGAGUUUAAAACAAGAGGGGUGGGUGAGCUUGACGAAGAAGGGAAGUUCAAAGUGUCUCUUCCAAAUGAUGUUGUGAAGGAUGGAAAAUUAAAGGAAGAAUGUUAUGCACAACUUCACGGUGCAUCGACUGCACCAUGCCCGACCAUCGAUGGCCUAGAGUCCUCCAAGAUUGUCUUCAAGUCGAAAACCGAUGGGAAACACACAUUUGGGUGGCGGGGAAACCGAAAUUUUCACUGUGACUUGCACUUCGGCGAUCUACUUCCCUCGCCCAUUACCACCAUUGCCGCGUCCCCGAUCACCUAA